AUGCGCCCGCUCGCCCCCGUCCCCGUCCGGAGCAUCGCGUCGCGCAUCUUCGCCGCGCCCGCACCUCGAGUCCAACCCGCAUUCCCGUUCUGCCACCAAUGCCUCCGCCCGCUCUCGACGACGCCCGCCGCGCCGAGCGGUCACAACAAGUGGUCCAAGAUCAAGCACAGGAAAGGCGCCGCAGACGCGCAGAAGAACAGCAUGCGUAGCCAGCACUCCAAGAUGAUUGCCCUCUACUCACGACCCGGCGUCCCAAAGAACGUGAUCGACUCCGCCGUAGCCCGCGGCCAAGGCCGCACCGCGUCGGGCGCCUCCCUCGAGCCCCUGACCCUCGAGGCCAUCCUGCCCCCCGGCGUCGCCCUCAUCAUCGAGGCCGAGACGGAGAGCAAGGCCCGCAGCCUGCAGGACCUCAAGGUCCUGAUCAAGAGGCACAAGGGCGCGGCCAACGCGGCCGCCUUCUUCUUCACGCGCCUCGGGCGCGUCGUCUUCGAGGCGGCCGGCGAGGGCGGCGGCGGGCCGGGCGUCGACGACAUCCUGGACGACGCCAUCGAGGCGGGCGCCGAGGACCUCGAGGCCGACGACGACGGGAACCUCGUCGUAUGGACGCAGCCCAACAUGACCAACGCCGUCGCCAGCGGCGUCGGCCCCAAGUUUGGCCUGAAGCUGCUCAGCUCCGACAUUAUCUGGUCCGCCAACGACGACACCAAAGUCAAGCUCGACAAGGGCCUCGAGGCGACCUCGCUGGCCGACCUGCUGGCCGCUCUGCAGGAGUUCCCCGAGGUGCAAGCCGUGUACGGGAACCCCGUCAAGGGAGACAUGUCCGAGGAGGAGUGGGCAAGAAUCGAGGAGAACCUGGACUCCUGA